CUCCAUUUGCUGCCCCCACAUUGGGCAUUUAACCAACGCGGCUGGGUUAAAAAAAUGAAACAAAAUGACAACAACGGGGGACCGCAAAACAGCUUCUUUUCACCGGAGGGAUGCCCAACUGGAGCUUCGCUAGAGGAACACCAAAAGGGGCGGAUACGCAUAUUGCACCCACGCCGCUUCACGCGAAGGCGCUAACUUGCAGGACGUAGGGGGCCGCUCCCAUCGCGCUCGAUGAAGCCUUCGCGGCCGGCCUUUUGCUUGCGGCACCUGUAGAAGGCACCAACACGAAGCCACAAACACGAAGCCACGCCCCAAAUGAUAAGACGAGGAAGGAUCGUGGCUACAGCUAUAAGCCCCCUUUUCAGCACGAGCAGAAAGGUCCAAACGUCCGUGGGGAGGACCCCCAGGAACAAGCACUCGCCGAACCAUCACGAUGACUGGAGCCCCCUGAACGACGACCUAAGCUUCCUAAACGAUGACAUCAAACAUAAUUUGUACCGGCUAAAAUGCAUCGAGCAGAAAAAAAUAAAAACGGACCGCAUUGUGUAUAAGAAAAUAUUAAAGGACCUUUUGAAAAAAAAGGAAAGUUUUGUGGCCAACGAUAUGGUAGAAUUUUUGUAUAUACUUAUGUUUAACGAUUUGUACCACCUAGACAUAUGCUCCAAUUUUUUUUUUCAUUUUUAUAACCGGUGUGUGUGCUCCGGGAGGUACCUGGAGGGUGUGCACGUGAACAGCGUGGUUCACCUGAUCUUCUCGUUUUACGUGUUUGAGGGGUAUGGCUUCUUGGGGGGGUCAGCAAAGAGGGGCGGCCCCAAUAUGGGGGUGGCCAAUUUGGGGGCCAACCGGGAGACCCCCAAAGUGGUAACCCCCACCACACGGUACCGCGAAUACCACCGCAACGAAGCGCACAUGAGCUUCCACCUCUACACCCACCUCGCACCAUUCAUUCACGCGCACAUGGAGCACAUAAACAAAAGCCACCUGGUUAAGAUGUUGCUGGUCCUUUCCCAGUUCACGUCCAACUGGGGCGCCACUGCAUUUCUGCAGAGUGAAAGCAGAGAGGAGGCAGAAGAGAAAUGCGGCUUGAAAAACGUGGGGAUAAAUUUAUUCCCCCUGAUCGAAUCCUUCGCAGAAAAAAUUGACAUAGCGAAGGAUAUAAAAAGGGCGUAUUCCCCAGAAACGAUAACUGAAAAGGAAAUGAAAAAAAAAAAAGGAAAAUACUUACACAUGAUUGAUAACUCGAGUAAAAAUUUUAUUUACAUUGACGAUGAGUCAAAUAACAACAAAUUGGUAUGCCUCUUCUUUUUCGUUUUGUCAAAAUUGUUUUUCCCCGUUUGUCCGAGUUUCCUCCUACACGGGGGAGGCGCUCUGGAGGGGAGUCUUUCCCCCACGGGGGGAAAAAAAAACGGGGAUGGUACGACGGAAGCACACACUCCCUUCUGCACAGAUGAAAAGGCAACCCUCAGGAGUUGCGAAAAAAUAAAAUUCACCCUCGUGGAUAUGUUUAUGAGCCAUUACAGGCAAGUCGAAAUGCGCAAUCACGUUUUCUAUCGAAACGUAGACACACAGAGGAGCGGCGUGGAAAACUACGAAACGUAUAAAAAUAACAUUUUGAAGGCCAUGCGGAAAUAUGUUUUCCUUGAUGAGAUUUACAGCUUGGGGGUGCACUACAAGGUGGUGUUUUUCAAGGCCAUUUAUUCGCUGCAUUUUUUUCAGUUCCCCUUUUUGCGCCACGUGUAUGAGAUUCACUCGUAUGUGAGCGGCAGCAACGUGGACCACAUGGACUACAGCGAGCGGCUGCAUUUUAGCGGCGAGGGGGGUGGUGAUGGGAGCGGCCAUGGGAGUGGUGAUGGGAGCGGCGAUCUGGAGGGGGAGCGGGCCGAGCCACAUCACCCCCAAAAGAGAUGCGACGAACGGGCGAAAAACACAAUCGUGGAGCUCGCCAAAAGAGGGGACGUCUUCAACAAUGCGUACGUAAACCUACUGAACGAAAUCGAAGGCGACAUAAAAAACUGCUCCCCAGAGGAAGCACUAAACACACUGCUCCAAUUGCACUUGCUAAGAUUUGUAGACAACCACUUCGUGUUGCCACUCAUUUCGAAGCUCUGCAACAGCACUGACAAGCUCCGAAAUGAACAGAAAAAAAAAAUGAACGUGAUUAUCAUGUCCCUGCUAUCUUUCCUUUCGCCCCAUAUUGCUUCCAUCGAGUCAAUCCAAGCAGGGCCGCUUUGCGACGUGAACGUAUUUAACCACACGUACUGCAGCAACGAUGUUUAUGUGGGACACCUGCAGAGGCUGCGGGAGUUCGUGCAGCUCCUACAUGACAAACAGAUUUUUAAGAGGAAGAGGAAGGAGUUGCUCUCUUGGUCAAACUACAAGUGUGUGUAG